GCCGGGCCGGGGCGCCCUCCAGCGGACUGCGCGGGCCCCAUGGCUGGGCCGAGCGGAGCGGAACCGACGAGGUGAAGCCCCCGGGCCGGCAGCCGGAGCGCGUGGCGGGGGCGCCGGCUCCAUGGGCAGCGACGCACAGCGGCACGAUGAUGGACGUUAACAGCAGCGGCCGCCCGGACCUCUACGGGCACCUCCGCUCUUUUCUGCCAGAGGUGGGACGCGGGCUGCCCGACCUGAGCCCCGACGGCGCCGGCCCGGUCGCGGGCUCCUGGGCGCCGCACCUGCUGCACGGGGUCCCUGAGGUGACGGCCAGCCCCGUGCCCACCUGGGACGCACUCCCGGACAAUGCCUCCGGCUGCGGGGAGCAGAUCAACUACGGCAGCGCCGAGAAAGUUGUGAUCGGCUCCAUCCUGACGCUCAUCACGCUGCUGACGAUCGCCGGCAACUGCCUGGUGGUGAUCUCUGUGUGCUUCGUCAAGAAGCUCCGCCAGCCCUCCAACUACCUGAUCGUGUCCCUGGCGCUGGCCGACCUCUCGGUGGCCGUGGCGGUCAUGCCCUUCGUCAGCGUCACCGACCUUAUCGGGGGCAAGUGGAUCUUUGGCCACUUCUUCUGCAACGUCUUUAUCGCCAUGGACGUCAUGUGCUGCACGGCCUCGAUCAUGACCCUGUGCGUGAUCAGCAUCGACAGGUACCUUGGGAUCACGAGGCCGCUGACGUACCCCGUGAGACAGAACGGGAAGUGCAUGGCCAAGAUGAUCCUCUCUGUCUGGCUUCUGUCCGCCUCCAUCACUUUACCACCGCUCUUCGGCUGGGCUCAGAACGUAAAUGAUGACAAGGUGUGCUUGAUCAGCCAGGAUUUUGGCUACACGAUCUACUCCACCGCAGUGGCGUUUUACAUCCCCAUGUCCGUCAUGCUUUUCAUGUACUACCAGAUUUACAAGGCCGCCAGGAAGAGCGCCGCCAAACACAAGUUCCCCGGCUUCCCGCGUCCCGUGGAGCCCGACAGCGUCGUCUCCCUGAACGGCAUGGUGAAGCUCCAGAAGGAGGUGGAGGAGUGUGCAAACCUUUCGAGACUCCUCAAACAUGAACGGAAAAACAUCUCCAUCUUUAAGAGGGAACAGAAGGCAGCCACCACCUUGGGGAUCAUCGUCGGGGCAUUCACUGUGUGCUGGUUGCCGUUUUUCCUCCUCUCGACGGCCAGACCCUUCAUCUGUGGCACCGCAUGCAGUUGCAUCCCGCUGUGGGUGGAGAGGACAUUUCUGUGGCUGGGCUAUGCAAACUCUCUCAUUAACCCCUUUAUAUAUGCCUUCUUCAACCGGGACCUGAGGACCACCUACCGCAGCCUGCUCCAGUGCCAGUACCGGAAUAUUAACCGGAAGCUCUCGGCUGCAGGCAUGCACGAGGCCCUGAAGCUUGCCGAGAGGCCUGAGAGACCUGAGCUUGUGCUGGAAACCCAUCCGACAAGUCUUGACAGCCAAGUGAGAGGGGCACUUUCAAUGGGAUGGGAAGGCAGAGGCCCUGGACCCUCUAAGACCUGGCUCUCAUGCACAUGGAUAUAGUUCGGUAAGUUGAGUCCUGUGAUGGUACAGAGGUAGGAGAGUGUGUAUCUAGAGGGACUGUGGCUCUGCACUAAGGAGAGAGAGACUUCCUCAGCUGUUGGCCAAAACUUCUCCAUGACUCAUGGCAGUUCUGUGAAUCUAGGGAGGAAGGAAGUCAGGGAGGUGGGGUUUCCCGGUCUCUGCACACAGGGUUUACUAUAGUGCCUCCUCCUAGGUUUGACGGGGAGAAUACUCGCACUGUAGUCAACAUUAUUAUCUUCAAGUAUGGCAAGUGCAGUAGUAUUUUGCAAGGAUUAUUGAGAGUAGAGCCAUUUUGGGCUAAAGCUAUAUUAUAAAAGUGAAUUUCUAAAGGGUUACCUGGAGCUGAUUUGCAAAUAUAUUAAGGCCCUGGCAACUUAUAGAAGCUAUGAAAUGUAUGAAAAGAGCCAUAGCACUUUUUCUUUCCCCUUAGAUGCUCAUAACCCCUUAGAAACCACAAAUAAUUCAAAUGACUGAAUGCAGCAAAUAUUAAAUCCACCCACCACAAAAUGAAAACUCACAUUUACAGUUCUGCUAAAUCAUUUUCUUGCCUCCUUUUUCUCUCUCUCUCUCUCUCUCUCUCUUUCUCUUUAUAGACAAAACUCUGACUACUGUAGAAAAAAAAGUCAUGAUUCAUGAUCAAAAGCAGAAUAAUGGAGAUGAAAUAAACAAGGCAAGACAGAGGUGGAAACAGAACGAAAUCAGUUGCUGAGACUUCGGAAUGGAAUGAGGCUUCUGUCCUUUCUUGGGAUGGCUAAAAUGUGACCAGCAAAGUAUACCUGCUGUUCAAAGUAUAUUAUGAGGGGGAUGGUGACCUCUCCUUUUUUCCCUGUGGAUCACUGCUAUUGUGCGCAGAUGAAAACAGCCCAAUCAGCUCAGCAGUAAGCACACGCACAGAACUGAGUUCCAGAAAGGAAACAGUUUCCGGUGCUUUGCUUCUGUCCAAGUCCGUGCAAGUGAAGAAAGUUCCCAUGCACGCUUCCCAUGCUUCUGAGUCUAGGCCUUGUGGUGAAUAUUCAGGAAUCAUGUAUGAGACAGAUGUGUUUUUGUUUUUGUUUUUGAGACAGAUGUAUUUUGUUGUGGGACAGAAGGGUGUUUUCCCCAGCAAACUGCGGUAAGCAUAGUGAUGAAUACGUUGCAUGUCCACGUUAGAAAACAGAACCCCGUCAUCAGCUACCACAAAUGAUCUCCCAGAGCAGUGUCUGUUCAGCUUCUGUCAAACAGUUUGGCUUUUUUGCAGGGUCCCUGUGACGUCCCCACCAGUGUACUUUCUUUGUUAACUCGCUUCUCUCAUUAUGGUGUUAACUCAGGAUGGAGAGAAUGGUGAAACCUGGAUAAAGCUUUUUCUCGCACUUGCUCUUCUUCUGGGGGAUCCUGAGAGAUGAGGGCAGUUCCUCCUGUGAGGAGUUUUCCCUGGAUGAAGAGCGGGGGCUACCUCGCCACACCAUAUAGUAACAUGAUGGUUGGCACAGAACUUGUGACUGUUGUUUACACCUGGGUGCAGUGGGCCCACGGGCUGGUCCCUAACUGUGAGGAUUGGGGGAGGAAGUAUGGGAAUAA